AAAAUUUAUUUGCUGUACUUAGUUAGGGUUUGCAACUACAUCAAUUCAACCGUUUCUCCGAAUUCCAAGACCCCAAUAUCGCUAAACACCACAGCUCGCCGUGAAAAGAAAAAUCCAGUCGGAGCGAGUUGCCGGCCGCCAGAAUCACUGUCCAGGUAGUAUCCCUGAAGAGAUAUCAUUUUGUAAACUGAGAAUACAACCAGUUUUUUUUUCCUUCCAAAUGGCACUGGUUGUAAUCUGUGGUCAGCCAUGCAGUGGAAAGUCUAAAGCUGCACUAACUCUAGCCGAAGCUCUUAAACAAUCACCGGAAUUGAAACAUCAAGUGAGAAUCAUAGAUGAAGCUUGUUUUCACCUUGAUCGGAACCAAAGUUACGCCAAUAUGCCAUCGGAGAAGAAUUUAAGAGGGGUUCUUAGGUCAGAAGUGGAUAGGUCUCUGUCAAAAGAUACUGUUAUUAUUGUUGAUUCUUUGAAUAGCAUUAAGGGUUAUCGAUAUGAGCUAUGGUGUUUGGCUCGUGCUGCGGGGAUUAGAUACUGUGUUGUUUAUUGUGAUGUUGAAGAUAACGAUUGUAGAAAAUGGAAUCAAGAGCGUAGGGAGAAAGGUGAAGGUAGUUACGAUGAUGUAAUAUUUGAAGAUUUGGUGAGGAGGUUUGAGAAACCGGAGAGAAGAAACCGGUGGGAUUCACCUUUGUUUGAGUUGAGAUCUUCGGAUUUUGGUUCUAUUGUAGAUGAUGUUGUCUCCUACAUUACCAAAAAGGUGGACUCGAAAACCCGUGAUGUGAAGAUAUUGCAACCGACAAUUGCAACUCAAACUUCACGUGUUUCGGAUGCUAAUUCUCUCUAUGAGCUGGACAAAGCAACGCAAGAGGUUACUAAUGCUAUAGCAGAAGCGCAAUCUCGUGAUCUUGGUAUGCUACCGGCUAAUGGUGUUUCUAUAGGGAAAGAUUUACCUCCAAUCAAUCUUUCAAGAUCAGUUGGGUUGCCUGAGCUUCGUAGGCUGCGACGCACGUUCAUGAAAUUAACAGGGCAAACAAGUUUGAGUGCGAGAGCACCUCCUUCGGAUUCUGAUAGUGCUAAAAGGAUGUUUAUUGAUUACUUGAAUAGGGAGCUUGGUACUUCAUGAAGAAAAGUAUGUUAUAGUAUUCUUAUAACUGAGUUUAUAUGUGUGUUUGUUUAACUAAAUAUGACAUGUUUCAUAUUUAAUUAGAGCAUUGUUUUUGAAUAAACUGUUUUAUCUCCCUACAGUUUUUCAUUAUACUAAGAUUGUUUUUCCCCAUACCAAAGCUGUGAUGUAAAGAUGAUAAUAACACUUGGUUCUUCUCACAUCAGAACAUGUCCUCACUAAUUAACAUCUUGUGGUUUUUCCUUGA